AUGGGCCUGGCGGGACGAAUUGAUACUCACCCAGACGGCACGGCUUUUAGCAAGUUCAUGCAGGAUGAUGGCCGCGGCACACAAGUUAUAUCCAACAUGAGGAUGCCUACCUUGCAGCGAGCAUGGCUCAUGUGCUUCUGCUGCAUGCAAGCAGCUACUGCGCGACGAGCAUACGCUGAUAAUUUGGACUUCGUCAAUCGUGACAGCGACGAAAUUUCAAAGAACUUUCCCGAUGUUGACAUUGAACUAUUGUCACCAGCUUUCGCAAGGCCAGAGACUGUCCUCAAGGGAUUCCCAGAAGGCAAGAGCGGACCAACAAGCCUAGACACAAUUGGUACGUCGCCAUCCUGA